UCGGUAUGUGUAAUAUGAAUGUAGGAGGGUAGGUCUUGCGCUUAUCAAUAAACGAUCAGUCUAAGCUUGAACGCGUGUUUCACUUGACUCCUUUACAUGGCGCAGCCGGUUUAAGUUAAAUUUAAUACGGUUAAAUACAGUAUAUUAUUUACGUACAGAUCUUCGUUAUACUGUAGAUAGUAAAUAAAAAAUAACUGUAGUGCAAUAUACCUAUAGUUCGGAGUGAGUGACAAAUAAUCUAACACCGUAGUAACAAAAUGGAGUCCGCAUUUGUACCUCCGCCGCCUUUUCAUUUUAUGAACAAUUUGGACAAUAUUACUAGCGGAAAUUUAUCAUCGUCGUGGACAAAGUGGAAAAACUCGUUUAUAAUUUAUAGUGAAGCGUGUGAGUUUCACACUAAGGACCCGAAAGUGCAAAUUAGUAUUUUACUACACGUGAUUGGAGAACAAUGCCGUGAAGUGUAUCAACAGUUUAAUGAAACUUUCAAGGACACAGCCACCUUACUUAAAAAGUUUGAUUCAUUUUUUUUGCCGAAAAAGAAUCUAACAAUAGAAAGACAUAAGUUUUUCACCAGGAGUCAAAGCGAAACUGAGUCAAUAGAACAAUAUGCAUUCGAGUUGAAGAAAAUUGCUGCAAGUUGUGAAUUUAAAGACUUAUGUGAUGACUUAAUCAAGGACAGGCUAAUAUGUGGUAUCCGUGAAGUAGCCUUAAGAGAAAGGUUGUUACGUGAGCCCGAAUUAACGUUAAAAAAGUCGUUAGAAAUAUGCAACUUGGCACAAAUAUCCAGACUACAGGCAGUAACAAUCAAACAGGAAAGUACGGAACAUCGAGCUUUCGCUAUUGAUCAGCAGUAUGGUGGGUCUACGUCUGCGGCCAUGAGGAACACCGAGAAGCAGGGGCAGGCGUACUGGGUGUCGUCAGGACGAGGACAGCGCGCGACGGGUCGCGGUGCCGCGGCCGGCUGGUCACGCGGCGCUCGCAUGCGACCCCGUGCGCCGCCGCCGCCGCCGCCGCCGCCGCCGCCGCGGGCGCGCUGGGCCGGAGCCCGGCCACUCCACUUCCAACCCGAUGGACACCAACGGUUUAACCAACGUAGUUACAGUGAUCGGCCAAAUGAAAGUGUUAAGUGUCAUUCGUGUGGUAUAUCACAUGACAAAGAUAAGUGUCCGGCAUUUGGUAGGCAGUGUUUCAAGUGUAACAACUACAAUCACUAUUCACGGAUGUGUAAUGUUUACGAGAUGUGCGUAGAGGAGUCUCCUAAUGAGGACCGUGAGGCCGCCUGACCGCUGGGGCUAUUAGUCAACAACAAUGGCAUAAUAUAAGUACCUACACCUACUUUGUCUGUAAGCAUAAGAUAUUUAUCACAAUAAAGUAAUUCACGCUACUUAUAUACCUACCUAUGAUUUUGUUAGAUAUUUGUAAUAGUUAUAAUAUAUGUAUUCUAUAAUUAUGGUGUUAAAUUGUAUAAAACAUCGCCCUAUACAAACUAAUAUACUUAAUAAUACAAUGAAUUAUUGGCUACUUACUUUGUUAUCGCUAGGCUAACAAUGCUAAGUAAAAUAAAUAUGUUAUAGUAAUUUUGUUUGUUAGUCUAUUAACUAGUAAAUAAGUUACUAUAAAUGUCAUUUAUAUAAAAUAAUGCCGGAUUGAUUAUUACUUGUUAUUGUUAUCUUUCAAUUUAAACAUUCAAUCUAAGAUCUAGGCACUUAGUACUUACCUAUAUCAACUACAUUUGUUUUUUUUUUGUGAAAAUAUUUGUACUUAUACUGUAUGCAUGUACCUUCUUAAUAUACCUAAACUAAAUAUUCAAUUGAUUAUGAUGUGUAAUAUUGAAUAGGCAUUUUUCUUGCAUGUUUUUCUUUUUUUUCUCUUACAUGAAUUUUGUGACUAGCAUAAUCAAGUUUACUUACUUACUAAGUUUUUUUUUGAGGGGGUUGUCGGUAUGUGUAAUAUGAAUGUAGGAGGGUAGGUCUUGCGCUUAUCAAUAAACGAUCAGUCUAAGCUUGAA